AUGGCCAGCCAGGUCUUUCGAAAGCUCCAAGUUCACAAAAUAUCAAGUGUUUUUCGGCAAGCAACCAAGAUUGUUGAAGUUCCCUUGGUUCCACCAAAAACCGAUGAAAUUCGCAUCAAGAAUAUUUACGCUGGUGUAAAUGCUACUGACAUCAACAUAACUAGUGCUCGGUACCAGGUUGAUGGCAAAGUGCCGUACGACAUCGGCAUGGAGGGAUUGGGAAUAGUUGAUUCCAUUGGCUCUGCAGUUUCCGGCUCUCUCAAAGUUGGUCAACCAGUCCUGGUAGUUGACCCGAUUCACAAUAUGUUUUCGGAGUACCUGUACAAAGACCCUGCCUCACUAGUUCCACUGCCUGCGCUCAAGCCAAACUUCCUGGUGGCCAAUGUAAAUGGCCUAACAGGCUCGAUAGGCCUUGACAAAGCUGGCCGAGUGCAGAAGGGUGAAACCGUUCUAAUCACCGCCGCAGCCGGCGGCACUGGUCAGAUCGCCGUACAGUGGGCAAAACAUAGAGGAUGCCAUGUGAUUGGACUGACGUCCACAGAGGAGAAGGCCAGAUUUAUUAAAGAGCUAGGUGCCGAUGAGGUGAUCAACUACAAAAAGGAGAACUUGGAUCAGGUGCUGAAGGAGAAGUUUCCUUCGGGAAUCGACGUGGUUUGGGAGACUAUGGGAGGAGAUACCUUCAAAGUUCUUCUAAAGAACCUUUCUGUGAAAGGUCGAGUGGUGAUCAUUGGCAGCACCACCACCUAUCAAGGGGAAGGCUUUGCCGAUGUGCCCAUUCCCAAGCUGAAUGCCAAGUUGCUGAUGAAAUCGCAGCAGCUUUGUGGUUUUGGCGUCUUUCAUUGGUGGUCCGACUUUGAUGAAUACCUUCCGCAGCUGAUUGACAUGAUUAGCAAGGAUAAACUGAUUGCCAGGGUGGACUGUGGGGACACUAGCCCGGGGGGAAAGUUUAUCGGCAUCGAGCAGAUGGCCAGUGCUCAAGAGUGGCUACAUGAGGGUAAAAACCAAGGAAAAGUUGUGGUUCAACUGCAUGAUUU